GCUCAAUUCAGCCUGGAAAAUGGAUGGCAAAGAUGUGGCAUUUGACACGGCGGACAGAUAUAAAAUGAAGAGAAAACGUCCGUUUGCCUCACAAUAUCCUCUCAACUCGUCUUCUAUUACGUACAAAGCAGACAAGCUACUCGGUUACAACUCAGACUCUGAUCCUGCACAAUCAAAUUCGACAAUAUCAAUUACGCCAUAUCGAUUUCAUCCAUCACUAACCUUCCGCUGCCAACACUAUCGACCUCGACUUCAAAAAUCAAAGCAUCACACCACCGAACACAAUUACGACGAAAAACAGGAAAUAUGGCCCGCAACGCAGCCUCCAUCGCAAUUAUUGGCGCUGGGCCCUGCGGCUUGACCUUCGCACGCUUGCUGGAGACGAACAAUGUCGACUACGUGGUGUUUGAGAAAGACAUCGACUCAACUCCCACGCCGAUGUACCAGGGCGGAACUCUCGACCUUCAUGGCCCUUCCGGCCAGCAGGCUCUGAGAAGUGCAGGCCUCUUUGAGGAGUUCAGCAAGCUCGCGCGGUGGGAUGCUACCAAAUUCGUUGUCCAGAACCCCACGUGCACCUUGAAGGCAGAGUUCGGACAGGAUCGCGACGCUCCGGAGAUUGAUCGUUGCCAGUUGCGCCAACUCCUCCUUGAUUCAAUUCCAUCCCAUAAGGUGCGAUGGGGUCAUGGUGUACAAGCAAUUGACAGGGGUUCAGACUCGGGCUGGGUCGUCAAGUUCACGAAUGGCGCUUCUGCAUCUGGCUUCCAGCUCAUUAUCGGGGCUGACGGCGCGUGGAGCAAGGUUAGGCCAUUGCUUACUAUGGCGAAACCUGAAUAUUCUGGAAAGAUGUUCAUCGAGGGUCGACUUUCACAUGGCAACCCGAGUUACUCCGCCGCGCUAGAACUGUCGGGACCCGGCAAUAUGAUGGCUUUGGGCCAUGGACGAACGGUCUCAGUGCAACAGGUAUCUGAUCGGUCAUAUCGAGUCUAUGUGGGCUUAGUGGCACCUGAGAACCUGACAAGAACAAUCCUGGACAUGGCUGAUACCGAAGCUACACGACAAAAGCUUCUCUCCUCUCCACAGUUCUUCGCGGACUUUGCCCCUGAGUUACGGAGCUUUAUUUCUGACGCUGAAGGUCCUUUCCGACGCUGGCCUCUUUACCGCAUGCCCGUGUCCUCCGUUAAAUGGGAUCGUGUUCCAGGAGCCACCCUUCUUGGCGACGCCGCGCAUGUAUCGACGCCAUUUGUGGGUGAUGGAGUUAACAUGGCCAUGUACGACGCCCUCAAGCUGGCUGAGAGUAUCAUCAAACACCGGGAUGCUGAGUCCAACGAGGAGGGAAAAGACGCUUCUGAGCUUGAGAAGGCCGUCAAAGAAUACGAAGCGGAGAUGUUUGGCCGCGCUCAAGACUUCACCAAGCGCUGCAUUAUGAGUGAGGAGAUAUUCUUUGCCGAGGACGGGGCUCGGCGAUUCAUCGACAUCAUUAGCCAUGCUGUCGAGUUUCAGCAAGAACAACUUUUUAUCGAUGGGGAGUGAGCCUGACGGCUUUGUGCUAAGUGAUGUGCUAGGCAAACGUUAGGCGCCUUUCUUGAAGUUGAGGGUUCGAGUCAACGCGUUGCCCUUUGGCUAGUGUUAUAUUAAUACAUACUUUCCGCUCUUGUUCUUACAACUGCCUAGCAACCCGAGUCUCGUUGAAUCUCCUCCUCGCAGUAGACUGUAGCAAAU